AUGGACAGAUCUGGUUCACGACUUCUGCUGGUGGAUAAUGAUUUUCUGGACAGUGAAAGUGGAGGUGAAUCAUCGUCUGGUUAUGAAUCCAGCGACUCUUCCAAUGUAUCACGUGACUCAAGCCCCGCCCCUUCUCGUCUGCCCCGCCCCUCAACUCAGAACGAAGUGAUGAUCUUCAAAAGCAGCGCCGGUCUUCAGGAUAGCCUUGCUUUUAUUCUCAGCAUGCCCGAGCUGUGUGAUGUCACUUUCCUUGUUGGCAAAGAUGAAAUUCCGAUUCAUGGGGUCAAAGCCAUUCUAGCAACACGUAGCAGGUCUUUAUAUCAACUGGUCCUACACCAUCAGAGACAGUCGGAGCUGACAAAGACUACCAAGAAGAGAUUCAAGAAACAAAAACCCUCUCCCUACCCGAACACGCUCGUCAUCCACGUCCCUGACUACCAGGUGGAGACAUUCAGAAGGUUCAUCACCUUUGUCCAUUCGGGGAAGGUCAAGGUCGACCUCAACCACGUUGUCGGUCUUCUUUGCGCAUCAGAAGAGUUCCGACUUCCUGAUCUCCGCACUGCUUGCACGGAUUUCAUAGACAGAUGUCAAGGUCAUGGACAGAUAGAAAAACUCGGAGCAACAGCCAGGCAGUAUCCACAAAAAAUACCUGCUCAAAGGCUACUAGCUGAGUUUCCAUGAAAAUCAAGCAAUGACCUAUAUGUACAAGAUUAAAGGUUAGACAACCACAUAAGGUUCCUAUCGACGCAGAAACCUGAGAUGGCAACAAUGACCUGAGCGAACAGGACUACAGAUAAAUACAGAGGGUUGCUGUGGAUGCACCAGAGAUCAGAGUCGGUAACCAUUACCUUAUCGCAUAAGUCUAAACGACGAUAGAUCACAGAAGGUUACUAUCGAUACACCUUCCUCCAGCCCUCAACGCACAUGCCAUUGGACCAGAAGAGGCUGCAGCCACAAGUCAGAACCCGCAGUUUAACAGUGUACAUGGUAAACUGAGGAAGACCUCUCCGGCAGGACGUUGAAGUUGGGCUGUCCUCAUCACCAGCCAAGAC